AUGCCCAAGAUUACCAUACUAGUCAACAGUCAAAUGGGUCAUAUUUACGGAGUGACAAGUUUGUCCCCAAUUUCGACCAAGUUUUCUUAUGUGCUUUAUCGCCUGUCCACAGAUUCACGUCGCCACCAUCGUUUCAAAGGCCUUACAGUAAUAAACUUCAGGUUUACCGAGAAGGUCCUUCAGAACGAGAUCAACGAGGCGAUUCUCAACUUUCACCUUCAGGAAAUAGAGAAUAGUUGUAAGGACAACACUACCUUCAAUCCUGAGGAACCUUACACAAUCUACAUCCAAGUUAAUAGAAUCACUAGAAAUAGUCAGGGUCAGAAAGCUUCUGUCACUUAUGCGAAUAACUCCGUUAAGCUGAGUGCAGAGGACCUGAAGGUCGGCAGGUGGCUGAAGGUGAAUAUCACAAAUAUGGUGUCGGAGUUCUUCAGACUGCCAAGAGAGAAUUUAGCGAUAGUAGUGAGAGUACAAGACUCAAAGAAUAGAAUGAGCUUGGUUGUACCACAUCCGAGUCCUGAUCCAAAUAAAGCAUCGAUGCCAUACGUAGAAAUAAGUCUAAAGGACAAUUCACACAAACGCGUGAGAAGAACAACAGGGCUGGAUUGUACAGAGAAUUCAAAAGAACCAAGAUGUUGUCGCUACCCCCUCGUCGUCAACUUUGAAGAAUUCGGUUGGGACUGGAUCAUCGCCCCUAAACAAUACGAUGCUAACUACUGUAAUGGGGAAUGCCCCUACAGUUUCCUCCAGAAGUACCCACAUACGCAUAUAGUACACUUAUCGGCCCCUCAAGGCAGUGGUCGCCCCUGCUGUGCUCCUAGAAGAAUGAGUGCGAUCUCUUUGCUUUAUUUCGACCAUGAUUUGAAUAUUAGGUUAGGUACUUUAUCGGGUAUGGUGGUUGAGAGUUGUGGGUGCUCAUAGCUGGUGUUUUUGGUUAGGUUAGGCUUCAAGUUACAAUUUGUCUGCAGCUUUAAAGUAAAUGAUCACAAGAGGAUCCCGGCGAAGUCCUACCUGUUUUUCUAUCGUGGCGCCACUAAUUGCAGAUACAUUUAAAGGAACAACCAAUCGGAGUGCAAAGAACAUUUAUUUAUGCAAACUCAUUUGAUUAUUUUUAAUUGACUACAAUAACAUAACAACAGGAUGUCCCACUGGGAAAAAUUCAAUUCAGCAACAAAAUUUUCAAUAAUGAUAAAAGAACUUAAAUUUGGAAACAUCCUAUAUCCUAGUACAUUUUUGUAUUUUCUGAAAAACUACAAUUGUCACUUACAACCUUCCUUGACUUGGAGCCUUAUUAUAAUUCUAUCGCUAUGUGAUAUUUCUGUUGAAGACUGCGAGUGUGUGCCCGUGAGUGUGAAGUUAGUACAUUUUCGUACAUUUGUGUACAUACGGCAAAAGAUAUAAGUUACACACAAAAAUAAAAUGGAAAGUGUUAAAAUCAAAUGCAAAUUAUGUAAUGUAACAUAAAAAUUCAAAAAUGGUCACUAAAAAUUCAAUUUUAGCAGAUUGUUGCCAUGAUUUAUUAAACAAAGCCAUCUAAUAUUAAACAACCAGCACAACCGUAGUAAGAACCAGCUGAAGACAUUCUCAGAACUUUCUACGAGUGUACGUAAGGGGUCAAACACGUUUGAUACCACGCCUCAGCACAGCGUUCAUACUAAACGUAUAAUUGUAGCUGUGCUGUAUAUCAUGUUUAUGAUGCUGAUGCGAGCUUACAAAUAACCAACCCUAUCAUAUAACCAGAUUUUUUUACACAUAUGCAACUUAUAUUUUUUACUGUGUGUGCGUAUACGUACUACGUAAAUUUAGUGUUAUUAAUUUUGCUGUCACUCAUUUUAGUUCUCUAGUUUUCAUGAUUAAUUAUCAUCAAAUGUAAGGAUAAUAUUUUUAUUUGUAUUGUGGAGUACCUUAUUUGAACAAGGCCGAAUUAAGGAUUUUUUAAAAUAAUGACUUCAAUUAACCUUUUUUUAUAAAGACUCAUGUUCAUAUUUUUGGGCAAUAUUCAGCACCCUGUGACAGUGUAAUAUAUAAGAAUACUCAGCCAAUUAUAUGAUUAGUAUCUUAAGUUGAUUCUACACAUAUUACAUUUAAAAAAAAUUGUAAUCAGU